CGACGAGGUCAGAGCGGGAGUUAAUUCGGAUCCGCGCGCCCUGCACCGCUCCGGAUUGCGAGGAAGGGAGAGGACGUGUGGCGGUGCACGAACUCUGAAUCGAUUCAGGGCGCGAGGCCCAGCUUUACGCCCCAGGGGAUCCUCGAUGAUGGCUGCCUAGGACAGCUGUUUCUCUCCACUAGAAUAGGACAGACGUGCUCUUUACCGAUUGCUGUCGCCAUGGGUUCCCCCCACCCCAGAUUUUUCUCAAGGAGAGUGGUCGGGGUUCAUCUGGUUUGAAAGCCUCUAUUCCACACCUGCCUGAGUUCAGAUGGACGUGUGGUCAAGCGUCAACCAUUAAUAACGCGUUGCGUCAGCCCAGAGCCCUAUGCUGCCCACGCCCCUCCUGUGCCGGCCGAUCCAUGUGGACGGAGGGAGUCUGUUCCAUUGGCAAGAUGGGCUUCUACAUCAGUUCCCUCUCCAGAGCGCCCUACGGCAACCAGGCCGCCCCAGAGUCCUCGCGCCCCCCGGCCAAGCGUUACCAGGCAGCGCCCAGCUACAACUACAGGUGGACGGAGUUGCACUACGAGGCCAGCCGCGGCAACGUGGAGAAGUUGAAGCAACUCCUGGUGACCUCAGGCAGGGAGUUGGUGGACAGGAAAGAUUAUUACGGCAAGACGCCGCUCUACUGGGCCGCCUACAAGGGGCAGAGGCGCUCGGUGGAGCUGCUGCUGCAGCACGGCGCCGACGUCAACUCCUGCUGUAAACACGGAGGGACCCCUCUCCACGCCGCCAUCGGCCUCUUCCCAGACUGCACCCUGCUGCUGAUCCAGCACGGUGCAGAUGUGAACCUGCAGGACAACUGGGGAGUGACCCCCAUGUACCUGGCCGCGUGCAGUGGACAGACAGAGUGUAUCCGUUUGCUGGUACAGGCAGGGGCCUGCAUCUGCUACAGAAACAAGAGAACCGGAGCCCCGCCCAAGCGCCUCGUCUCGCAGCCGGCCCUGAUCUCCUGGAUGGAGGCGUGCCGUCGGCAGCCCCCGUCCCUCAAGCACCUCAGCCGCCUGUCUGUCCGGAGGGCUCUCGGCCACCGGCGGCUCCGAGCCAUCGCGGACUUCGACCUUCCCCCGCUGCUGAAGCAGUACCUGAUGUUUGAGGACCUGACUCUGGCAGACUGGCCGUAGCCUGGAGCUGCGCAGCCGGGGCGGCGGCCGGACGUUUCUAUUGGCCA